AUGUUUAAAAACAUAGAAAAUUUAAAACAAGAACAUAGUAAAGAUAAUCAAUCUAAUGAAAAUUAUAAAUUAUAUCCAGAUAAAUUUGAAACAUUAUACUUAAUAGAUUCUACCAAAGAAUUACUUCAUCCAUUAUCUAAAAGUAUAUCUGGAUCUAGUUUAUCAACAUCUACUGUUGAUAUCAAUCGAGUGAAUAAUAAUAAUAUAUCAACAAUAGAUAUUCAUCCACAAUCUACAAUACAUAAUUUUCUACCCUCUAGUCAAAAUUCUAAUAAUUCUCUCUCUUCAUAUGAAUAUACUAUGCGAACAAAUAGUUUAACAGAAAAUAUAUCAACCAAUCCGCAAACUGUAUCAUUUCAGUUAUCUAGCAAUAUAGACAAUUCAUCCAAUAUACUAAUUAAUAAUGAAAAUAUAGACGCUAAUGAAAAUUUAUUAACCAAUCAACAAUCAACAUCAUCCCCAUCAAAUUAUAUGAAAAUUCAAAAUUAUUUAUUGAAAACACUUGAUAGUCCACAUGAUUUAAGUUAUACUAAUUCUUCUGCAUCUAUUUCACAAUCAUCACAAAUAAAGUUAACUAAUAAUUGUAAUUCAUUAGAUCUAUCUGAUCAACUAGGUAUCACAACUUAUAUUGAUGAUAAUGGUCAAAAUUAUAUUAUAACAACAUCAUAUAGUAAUCAAUCCAAAUUAAAACAAAAACAACAACAACAACAUAUUCAAGAUCCACGGAUUGAAUUAAAUUUUCUAUGUAAUCAGAUAAAUAAUAAUGCUAUGAUAUCAUCUUCAUUCAAUGAUUAUAACAAUAAUAAUAAUAAUAAUAAUAAUAAUAAUAAUAAUAAUAAUAAUAAUAAUAAUAAUAAUAAUAGUAACAGAACAACAGAAAUCCAACUUCCAUCAUUAACAAAUUGUAUAUCGGAAUCGUUUUUAUCAACAGAUCUCAUGACAAGUUCAUCCAUUGAUUCUACUGUAGCAGCUGCAUCAAACGUAAUGAGUUAUAUUUAUCAAAAUGGUUCAUUAAAUUAUGGUAAUACAGAACAAUUAAAAAAUUUAAAUUGUUUAAAUAUACGUACAUUAAAUCAUUGGAAUUCACUUGAAUUUAAUUUAAAUGGAAGUAUAGAUCAAUUGACAAAUUAUACUAAUUCACAAUUAUAUGAACCUAAUACCACUAAUACUAAUACAAUUACUACUAGUAAUAAUAAUGAUACUGAUAAUGUAACUAACAAUACCAGUAAUAGUGAUACUAAUAAUAAUGAUAAUAACCAUAAUGUAUUAAGAAUAGAUGAUAAUUUAUUGAAACUUCAUCAAUCUGGUCAACAGCAACAAUAUCCCUUACAACAAUUACAAAGUGUAAAUAAUUCCAUUAUUUCGCAUUCAAAUACUGUACAAUCAAAUAAUUUAAAAAAUCAUAAUGGUUUAGUUACUUCAUUCAUUCUUGAAGAUGUUAAACCAAGAUUUCAAGAAAGUAACACAAUUAAACACAAUCAUAAUACUAGUCCUGCAAUAAAUACUACACAUCAUUCUACAACCGAUAUUAUCAUGGUUGGAUUUAAUAACAGUACAUCUGUAAAUCAUCAAUCAAGUCAUGUAAAUGAUGUAAAUCUAAAAAAUACCGUAGAUAAUUUAAACACGAAUAACAGCAACAUUAGCAGUGCUAGUAAUAAUACUAAUAACAAUAAUCAACCAAGAACUUCAUUUACAGAAAAUUUAAAUUACAGGUCAACUCAAUUACAAAAUUGUUAUAAUUAUGUUCAGUCCGAAGUGAAUUAUAAACCUGAUCUGAAAAUCCAAACAUCAAGUAUGCAACAUGUGCAAGGACAUCCAUAUAAUCCAACUCUCAUGAAUGGUUCAUUAGUUUCAUCACAUAUGAAUAAUGAAGCAUUAAGUUUACAAAAAGCUUUGUCUAAUAUGCAUGCAAGACAUGAUAUAAUUUCACAUUCUAUUCAAGAAAUGGAAGAAAUUAAUACAAAAGUAUUAGCACAUCGUAUAAGUUCAGAAUUAAAACGUUAUAGUAUACCACAAGCUGUUUUCGCCCAACGUAUUUUAUGCAGAAGUCAAGGCACAUUAUCUGAUCUAUUAAGAAAUCCUAAACCUUGGAGUAAAUUAAAAUCUGGUCGUGAAACGUUUCGAAGAAUGUGGAAAUGGUUACAAGAACCAGAAUUUCAACGAAUGUCCGCUUUACGCUUAGCUGAAUCUGAUCUGAGAUAUACUGGUCCUGUAGUAUGUAAACGAAAAGAAUCAGAACAUAUCAAGUUGUCAGAAAGUCGUCAGCCUAAAAAGCCACGUCUUGUUUUUACCGAUAUACAAAGACGAACUUUGCAGGCUAUAUUCAAAGAAACCAAGCGACCUAGUAAAGAAAUGCAGUCUACAAUAGCUCAACAACUUGGAUUACAAGUUUCAACAGUAGCAAAUUUUUUUAUGAAUGCUCGUCGUCGAUCACUAGAUAAAUGGCAAGAAGAUACGAGUAAACUGUCGAGUACGAUUAAUUCACCAUCGGAUUCCCCAUACAGUCGUAGUGAAGAACAUGGGCAACAGUCAAGUAUGAUCCAUAAUUUAUGUUGUUCACAAGAUGGUGAUUUCAGUAAUUGCACACCUUAUUCAUUACCAUGUAGGCGUCAACCUGGAUGUUCACAAUCAAUUAAUACUCCAGUAUCAACAUUAAAAACAUUGGAUAAUAGUUUCAUUCCAGGGAAUCCAACAGAAUUGGAACGAAUGACACGAAGUAAUAGUUUAGCUUCUUGUAAUAGUUUUACAAAACCUAGUAAUCAUUUACCAUUAACUUCGAAUCUUGCAAGAACAGUAUUAAGUAACAAUAAUGAUAAAAUUGAUUUAUUUAAAUGUGAUAAUUCAAGAAAUAAUAUGAUCACAUUAGAACACAGUACAUUUAAUGCACUGAAUUCAACUGAUAAUCCUUCAACUAUUCCAACUGUUAUUUAUGCAUCACAAGAUUCAACUUGUGAACAACAACAAAUGGAUGCGGAAAAUUUUUCAAAUAAUUACUCUUUACAUUUAACAACACAAAUUCAACAUUCAUUUCCACAUCAACUACAAUCACAACAAGAACAUCAGCAAUCACAGCAGUCGAAUCCUUCUCCUUCUCUUCUUCAUCGUCAUCAUUCACAGAGUUCAUCGCAUCCUAUGAAUACACAAUUAGUACCAUUAUCUUCAUCUUCAUCAUCAGCAUCAUCAUCGCAUCACUUGAGGUUUCCAUUGGAUAUAUUAGAUCAGAAUAAUGGUACUAAUAAAUGCUCAACUGGCAAUAGUAGGUUACAUAAUUCUGAGCAUGAAACUAUUCAUAAUAAUAAUAGUAGUAAUAAUAGCCACAACCUAACUAAAUCAAUUUAUCCAUAUUGCAAUUCACAAGCAAAUUAUACAUCCCCUGUAUCAGGUAAUUUACAUUUACAUCAUGCGCAUUUAAAUCUAUUCAAUACUGCUACUCCUGCUAGUACUGCUCCUGCUACUGCUACUACUACUACUACUACUGCGACGACGAUGACGAAUGUCAGUAGCAAUAAUCUUAUGCAUAACAAUAAUAAUCAGUUUCUAAUGCGUGAUUUAACUGAUAGUCAACAGUUUGAUCAUCGUUUCUUAAGUACGAUGACCAGUGGGCAGUUAACAUUAACUGAACAAGCUUUAGAACUAUGCUCUUCAUUAGCUGCUGCCAAUGCUAUCUCAUUUAAUAAUAAUAACAAUAUAAUUCAUUUGACCAGUGAAAAACCAAAUCAUUUCCAUGCUAAUUCAGAAAUAAAACUUUCACAUGAAUUAAAUGGAUCAGUCGAUAUAAACAAUAUUGUUUUGAAUAAUAAUAAUAUUCGUACUGAAAAUGAUGUGAAAAGUACAGACAGAUUGACAAACGACAUUAGUAAUGAUAACAAUAAUAAUAAUAGUCAUGAGGAUAACAAUGAUGAUCAACACUGUCACCGCCAACAACAAUAUCACCAAAUAGAUUUAAUGAGUAAAUUAAAUUUAUCAAUAAAUGAAUGUAAUCAACUACGCUUACUACCAUCAAAUGAUUUAUCCAGACGUCUCUAUUUCUCUAAUAAUGAGUUUAUCGAUCAGAUGAAACAAACAAAUAACGAAAUAAUUGAUCAAAAUAAUGAUACAAAUAAUAAUAAUCUCGAUGAAGUUGAAGAUCAAGAUGAGUGUGUUGAAGACAUAGAUGAUGACGAUGACGAGGAGGAGGAUGAUGAGGAAGAUGAUAACGAGGAGGAAGUCCAUGCAGAAUUAUAUGAGGAUGAGGCGAGGAUCUCAGAAGAAGAAGAUAACGAUGACGAUGUUAAUACAAUAAAUAGAGACAAAAAACAAUGUACGAGACAUGAUUUGAAUUCUAAUUCAAAUGACUAACUCAUUUUUAUUCCUGUUAUUAGGUAUCCAAAAAGAGGACUUCGAAGUAUAUCUUUCAUAAUUCGUUCAUACUUUUUAUGUGAACCCGCAAACUGGUACCGUUACAGUUGUAGUUUCAUGAAAAAAUUAAUCAGAAAUCAAAGUGUAUCCAUCAUUAUAUUCAUGAACUGAUUGAUGAACACAAGACUUUAAAUAACAAUUAGUAAUCGUUUAAGUCAUAUCUACGUUUAUCCUUUGUUUAGAUAUCUGUUAAUUGUCCCCUAAUAAUCAGUAGUAUGUUUUAAUGUUGAAUCAAACUGAAAUAUAAUGUUCACUGUUGAAUCUCUCCGUAAAAUGUGUUUUUUUCCUUUUAAUAGAUCAACUUUUGUUGCACUUUCUUAUUUUUAUAUUUGUGUGCAUUUGUACCGACUGUUCUUCUUUACCGUUUCCUCUUUAACUGUUUUGCACGUUUGUGUUAUUUCUCUCGUUAGUUUACUUUUAUUUAUUCAUAUUUUUCAAUAUAGUUAGUUCAACUACUUUUUUUCACUCAAGUAUUCUCAAUUUCUUAUUUUCUUUGGAAAAAAAGAUUUUGUUCUGUCUGAAUAAAUUAUCAUUACUAUGUAGGUGUAUAGGCUGAUACAAAAAGAUGGAGGUAAUUAGUGAUAGCAAUGGUAACAUUAAUAAUAAUGACAAUAAAAAAUAUAAAACACAACAGUCUUUCAUAAAAACAAAACUGCAUUCAAAAUCACAUGAGACAUCCUAUGUAAUAAAGAGUAAUAGACAUCAGUUUUAUUCUGGUCGUUAUGUAUUCAUAUAUAUGAGAUAUGUUACAUGUACUUAUUUAUGUUUGGGAUUCUUUCAUUCUGUAUCAUAUAUAAUUGAAAAAAAGGUGUACAAAAGUAAAGUAAUUAGUGUAUAGUAUAAUUCUUCGAUCAAUCCCUCUUAUUUAUUAUUCGUAACCAUUAAAAUUAUUGUUUGUCAAAUCCCUGUAUCUUUUUCUUUCUCUACAAUAGUAAAUACAAUGUGAACGUUUACAUAUUCUAUCUAAUAAGAAUAAAUCUUAUUUUAUACGGAACUUUAUUAAUUGAUCUUUAGAUCAUUGAAAGAUUAAUAAUCGUUAAUUAGUAUUAAUACCUCAAUAAAUGUAAAGUAUUCAUAUUUCUCUAUAAAUUCAAUCUUAUGUGUAUGAAAUAUGGAAACAGUAUUGUUUUGUUUAAAGAUAUGUUAUAAUGUCUUCCAUAAUGUUUACCGAGAGGGGGGAGAAAGAAUGAAAAAAAACUAAAGAUAUAAUAAUUGAAAAAAAUAAAAUAAAAAAAGAUGACCGUUAAUUUAUACACAAUAUUUUUGCUUUUUUUUUUUAAAUCUUCACAAAAGUGUCUAUGUAUGAAUGUUUAUAUCGUAAAUGUGAUGUUUAAAACUCGGUGUAAUAAAUAAAUAAAUAGAUUACCAUUGUAAAAAAGUAAGAAGAAAUAACUAGGCAUUGAAAAAAAUAGAUAGAAACCUUUUUUGUGUUUUGAUGUUAUCAUAAUAUUUUAUUGUUUCAUGGAAGAGAAAUAAAUCACAGAAAAUGUAUUACACAGAAACAUUUUCUCAAUGUUAACCCCAUUACCCUUUUUCAAUUUUUGGGUGAAAUUUUGUUGUUCUUUUCUCUUUUGUUUCUGUUUCUUCGUCUUGAAUUUGUAGAAUUAUUUUUUAUGAUUCUUCUUGUCUUCCUCCUUCUCACACAUUAUUUCGCGUGCUUUUUUUCCACCUUCAAGUUUAUUUGUUCUCAACUAUUCUUAAUGUUUUUUUGUUUUAUUUUCAAUCCAUUUCAGUCUAUUUUGUUUGUUAUAAAUUUCAGUAACAAUAUUUAUAUUUGUUAUGAUGAUAUGGUUUUUUGGUUUAAAAAUCUACUUUAUUUGAUCUUGAGUUAUUUAU